AUGAAGUUAUAUAUAAUAUUAGGACUGUUAUCAUGUGUUUCUUUAGCACAUUCGUAUCAAGAAACUUUAGUGCUUGUAGAUAAUCUUAACAUCAAAGAAACACAUUCACAGUUUUUCAAGUCUUUACAAGAACGUGGUUACACUCUCACAUACAAGUUGGCCGACGAUGCUAACCUCGUUUUGUCAAAGUAUGGUGAAUACUUGUACAAGAAUCUGAUUAUAUUUUCACCAACGGUAGUAGAGUUUGGUGGUCAGAUUGAUACCGAGGCCAUUACAAAGUUUAUUGAUGAUGGUGGUAAUCUUCUUGUUGCUGGAAAUUCAGCUGCCAGUGAUGUAUACAGAGAGAUUGCUACUGAAUGUGGUUUUGAGAUGGAUGAAGAGUCUGCAUCUGUGAUUGACCACUUUAAUUUUGAUUCAUUGGAUGAUGGUGACCACACUAGAAUUGUUGUAUCUCCAAAGAAUUUGAUAAAUGCACCUACUAUUGUUGGAACACAGAAUACCAAACCUCUCUUAUUUGAGGGUACUGGUCUGAUAUUAGAUAAGGAGAAUGCAUUAGUUUUACCUCUUUUAACAGCUGAUAGCACAGCAUACAGUUAUAACCCUAAGAGCCAGGUGAAAGAAUAUCCUCAUGCUGUUGGACGUAAGACUGUACUUAUUGCUGCUUUGCAAGCUAGAAAUAAUGCCCGCAUUGUAUUCAGUGGCUCAUUAUUCUUUUUCUCAGAUGAAGCUUUUAAUGCACCAGUAACUAAAGUACAUGGGGACAAGAUUAAGUCUGACAAAUCUGGUAACAAAGAUCUUGCUACAAACUUAAGUGAAUGGGCAUUUGGUGAGCGUGGUCAAAUCCGCGUGAGACGCGUGCAUCAUCACCGCCAGGGAGACAAAGAGUCCUCUGAUACUUACACUAUCACUGACACAGUGGUCUACAGAAUUGAGAUAGAAGAAUUAAAGAAUGGUAAAUGGCAAUCAUUUGAAGCAAAUGAUGUACAACUUGAAUUUGUCUGUAUUGAUCCAUUUAUUCGGACCACUCUGCUGAAGAAACCCAAUGGAGUAUAUGAGGCUAUCUUCAAGGUUCCUGAUGUUUGGGGUGUAUAUAAGUUUAAGGUUAAUUAUGAUAGAAUUGGAUACACUAGACUGUAUCAUUCUACUCAGGUAUCUGUCCGGCCUCUGCAACACACACAAUAUGAACGCUUCAUACCAAGUGCAUACCCAUACUAUGUAAGCGCAUUCUCCAUGAUGGGUGGAGUGUUCCUCUUCUCUAUAGUCUUUCUUUAUUAUAAGGAGGACACACCUAAAUCUAAGAGUGAAUAA